CCUGCAGGCCGGCCGCAGCCGGGCUCGGAUCCCGAGCGCCUGCCCGCCCGCUCGCCCGCCCGCCCGCGUCCGCCGAGCCAGGUGAGCGCGCCUGGCUCUGUUCCGCACGCGCCCCGCGCCUUGCGCGCUAGCCCAUCUCUACCCUGGCGGCCGAGUGGGGCACUCAGGAGGCUGGAGCGACCCCGAUCCUUGCUGCUGCUCCCCAGCACCCCUUUCGGCUGCCUGGAGUCCCCCCACCUUGUGCUGGUCGGUUGGUUGUCGGCUGCGUUUGACAAGGGAGUCGCAAAGAAGCCGAGCUGGGUUUCCCUGGGGACCAGUGGCUUGGCCUAGCCCCACACCCACAGCCCCCUCCUGGCCACAACUCAGCUAGAAGGAGGGCCGGACCCUCCUGGACCCUGGCCCUCUCUGCCCUGCAGUCCAAGGCCCAGUAGUCUCCACUGCUGAGCUGGGAGCAAGGAGCAGUGACUCCCUUGGAAGGAGGCUCUAAAGCUGUCCAGUUGGCAUGGCAGCUCCAGCGUCUCUGAGGACCACAGGGGGUCCAGUCCUGCAGGGGACAUCGUAGACCUUGGCCAGCCGGCCAGCCGGACAGCCUGCCAUCUGCGCUCCCGCCAGCCAGGCCAGAUCUCAGGCCAUUCACCAUGGGCGGCUGCUUCUCCAAGCCCAAGCCAGUGGAACUCAAGAUUGAAGUGGUGCUGCCAGAGAAAGAGCGGGGCAAGGAGGAGCUGUCUGCCAGCGGAAAGGGCAGUCCCCGGGCUUACCAGGGCAAUGGCACAGCACGCCACUUCCAUGCCGAAGAGCGCCUGCCCACCACGCAGCCCUACCCCAGCCCCCAGGACUGUGUGGAGGCUACUGUCUGUCAUGUCAAGGACCUCGAGAAUGGCCAGAUGCGGGAAGUGGAGCUGGGCUGGGGGAAGGUGUUGCUGGUGAAGGACAAUGGGGAAUUCCACGCCCUGGGCCAUAAGUGUCCCCACUAUGGAGCACCUCUGGUUAAAGGUGUUCUGUCCCGGGGACGUGUGCGCUGCCCCUGGCAUGGUGCCUGCUUCAACAUCAGUACUGGGGACCUAGAGGACUUCCCAGGCCUGGACAGUCUGCAUAAGUUCCAGGUGAAGAUCGAGAAGGAGAAGGUGACUGUUCGGGCAAGCAAGCAGGCCCUGCAGCUGCAGCGAAGGACAAAGGUGAUGGCCAAGUGUAUCUCUCCAAGUGCUGGCCACAGCAGUAGCACCAAUGUGCUCAUAGUGGGUGCAGGUGCUGCUGGCCUGGUGUGUGCAGAGACACUGAGGCAAGAGGGCUUCUCAGACCGGAUCGUCCUUUGCACACUGGAUCGACAUCUGCCCUAUGACCGGGCCAAGCUCAGCAAGUCCCUGGACGCGCAGCCUGAACAGCUGGCCCUGAGGCCUAAGGAGUUCUUCCGGGCCUAUGGUAUCGAGAUGCUCACUGAAGCCCAGGUGGUCACAGUGGAUGUGAGAAAUAAGAAGGCUGUGUUCAAGGAUGGCUUCAAGCUGGAGUAUAGCAAGCUGCUGCUGGCACCAGGAAGCAGCCCUAAGACCCUGAACUGCAAAGGCAAAGACGUGGAGAAUGUGUUCACUAUCCGCACCCCCGAGGAUGCCAAUCGCGUGGUGCGGCUCGCCCGUGGCCGCAACGCUGUUGUGGUGGGAGCGGGCUUCCUGGGGAUGGAGGUGGCUGCCUAUCUGACUGAGAAGGCCCACUCCGUGUCUGUGGUGGAGCUGGAGGAGACACCCUUCCGGAGGUUCCUAGGGGAACGUGUUGGUCGUGCCCUUAUGAAGAUGUUUGAAAACAACCGGGUGAAGUUCUAUAUGCAGACAGAGGUGCUGGAGCUGCGGGCUCAGGAGGGCAAGCUGCAGGAGGUGGUGCUGAAGAGUAGCAAGGUUCUGCGGGCAGAUGUCUGUGUGGUCGGCAUUGGUGCGGUGCCUGCCACGGGCUUCCUGAGGCAGAGUGGCAUUGGUCUGGAUUCCCGAGGUUUCAUCCCAGUCAACAAGAUGAUGCAGACCAACGUCCCAGGCGUGUUUGCUGCUGGCGAUGCCGUGACCUUUCCUCUUGCCUGGAGGAACAAUCGGAAAGUGAACAUCCCACACUGGCAGAUGGCUCAUGCCCAGGGGCGGGUAGCAGCUCAGAACAUGCUGGCACAGGAGGCGGAGAUCAACACGGUGCCCUAUCUGUGGACUGCCAUGUUUGGCAAGAGCCUCCGCUAUGCGGGCUACGGAGAAGGCUUCGAUGAUGUCAUCAUUCAGGGGGAUCUGGAAGAGCUGAAGUUUGUGGCUUUUUACACCAAAGGUGACGAAGUGAUUGCUGUGGCCAGCAUGAACUACGAUCCCAUUGUAUCCAAGGUGGCUGAGGUGCUGGCCUCAGGUCGAGCCAUCCGGAAGCGGGAAGUGGAAACCGGCGACAUGUCUUGGCUCACAGGGAAAGGAUCCUGAGCUCUCCUGCGAUGGACUUGGGCAGGCCUCCAGGGCACCAAGGUCAGAGAUCGCAUCCUGGGAGCAAGUGCCAAUCUCCAAUUUCCCAGGAUCCCCCAGGGUGGAAUCUGAGUCCUCCCAUGGCCUGCCUUCAACUGUCUGCCUCCCCUCCAGAGAGGCUCCUGCUGCCUCUAGAAGAUGGUCCAUCCAAGGCCUCAGCUGUCAUCGACAGCUGGUUUUAGAGGCACAACAGGCUCUGCCUGUUUCCUCUCUCAGGACUGUCUUCCCAGCAAGACCCUGCAACAUGACCUUGAAAUUAAAACACGUGUACCUGCA